CAGCAGCUACAGCAGCAGCAGCAGAAGAAGAAGAAGAGCGGGGUGUGUUGUUGUGAUGGGGGAACGAGCAGGACAGAGAACAUUUAGAACCUUUAAAACCGGAGAACCUGAGAACUAAGAAGAUGUUGGUGUUACAGAGUGAGACAGUGAGCUGCAGUGUGGUAUUAUAGUAAGGAGUCUGGACUGGUGUGGUCAGUCCUGAAGCUGAUGAGUGCUGGUGGGUGAUCUGCUGUCCUGCUGCUUCACACUGACCCAUCCUGCAGCUACAAUGACCGUCACCACCAAGACCAAGACCUACAAGCUGGUGGUCCACAAGAAGGGCUUCGGAGGGAGCGAUGAUGAGCUGAUGAUGAACCCGAAGGUGUUCCCUCAGGUUAAACUGGGGGACAUUGUGGAGAUCGCGCAUCCAAACGAUGAGUACAGUCCUCUCUUGCUACAGGUGAAAAGCCUGAAAGAAGAUCUGCAGAAAGAGACGAUCAGUGUGGACCAGACUGUGGCUCAGGCCUUCAAGCUGCGAGCGUAUCAGGACGUCAUUAUAAACAUCGUGGACCCCAAGGAUGUGACUCUGGAUCUGGUGGAACUGACCUUUAAAGAUCAGUACAUCGGCCGAGGAGACAUGUGGAGACUCAAGAAGAGUCUGGUGAGCACGUGCGCGUAUGUGACCCAGAAAGUGGAGUUUGCUGGAAUCAGGGCUCAGGCGAGUGAGCUGUGGGUGAAGGGGGAGAAGGUCACGUGUGGAUACAUCAGUGAGGACACGCGGGUGGUGUUUCGCUCCACCUCAGCGAUGGUGUACAUCUUCAUCCAGAUGAGCUGUGAGAUGUGGGACUUUGAUAUCUAUGGUGAUCUCUAUUUUGAAAAGGCUGUGAAUGGCUUCCUCUCUGAUCUGUUCGCCAAGUGGAAAGAGAAGAACUGCAGCCAUGAGGUGACGGUGGUUCUUUUCUCACGUACCUUUUAUGCUGCUAAAUCUCUCGAUGAGUUUCCUGAGAGCCAGAGAGGAUCUAUCAGGCAGGAUCAUGAAGGACGCUUUUAUGAAGAUUUCUACAGAGUGGUGGCUCAGAACGAGAGGAGGGACGAGUGGACGUCUCUGCUGAUCACUAUUAAGAAGCUCUUCAUCCAGUACCCUGUCCUGGUUCGCCUUAAAGGAGCAGACGGGUUUCCCUGUGGUCAGAACUCUACUGCUGCUCAGGGGAAUUAUCUAGAAGCGAUAAACCUCUCCUUCAACGUGUUUGAUAAGCAUUACAUCAACCGUAACUUUGACCGCACUGGUCAGAUGUCUGUGGUCAUCACUCCGGGAGUGGGCGUGUUCGAAGUUGACCGGCUCCUGAUGAUCCUCACCAAACAGCGCAUGAUCGACAACGGUAUUGGUGUGGAUCUGGUGUGUAUGGGAGAACAGCCCCUCCAUGCUGUUCCACUGUUUAAGUUACACAACCGCACGGUACCCGGCGACUCGAGACUGGAUGACUACAAUCUGCCCCACUGGAUUAAUCACAGCUUCUACACCUCGAAGAGUCAGGGCUCGUCCAGCUGUUUCACACCAAGGAUUAAACUUGCCGGACGCAAGCUUCAUGCUGAAAAAUCCAAGAGCAGUAAAGAUCACUCUCUAGGAGCUCAGAAGGACUCGGAGAACAGUCUGCCCAUACAGGUGGACUACGAUGCCCAUGAUGCUCAGGUGUUCAGACUGCCUGGACCCUCCAGAGCUCAGAGGAGCACCAACUUCAGGUCCAACAGGGACAGAGAGUCCAGUAGGAAGAGCUGGGGUCCGGCGGAGCUGAGCAUCGGUACUGGCUGCUCCCCCCCGGUGCGUCCAGCAGGGGGUCCGGACGAGCAGCGCAGCCUGGCUUCAGACGACAGUCUGGGACACAUCUCCAACAUGCUGCUCAUCCCCCGGCAGGUCCACGGCCAGUACGAGGUCAGCAGCUCGCUCGGAUACACCAGCUGCACCAGAGAGCUGUUGGAGAAGAUGGUGGAGUCUCAGCGGGACUCCAGCGCUCCGGGUCGGUUCACUGUGGGCAGCGCAGAGUCCACGCUGCACAUCCGGCCGGGCGGGUAUACCCCCCAGCGAGCCCUCAUCAACCCCUUCGCCCCCUCACGCAUGCCCAUGAAGCUCACCUCCAACCGCAGACGCUGGAUGCACACUUUCCCUGUGGGUCCGACCGGCGAGGCCAUUCAGAUUCACCAUCAGACGCGGCAGAACAUGGCUGAGCUGCAGGGCAGCGAGCAACGAGACCCCGCCCACACCUCCGCCGAGCUGCUGGAGCUGGCCUAUCACGAGGCCACGGGCAGGAGAACAGUUUCUCGUCAGACUGGAGAGAACGGGCUGUAUAUCAGUGGAGGGAUUGAUGAUUACUCUGGUAGUCCUGCUAGCAGCAAUAGCACAGGAACACCUGUGAACCGUGGCUCAUUCGAAGAGUAUUCCAGCAGCCCAGACCCAACCCUGCUGCUGUCUGCACCCCCGACAGUGCCUAGUUUCUGCUGUACGGUGGGGGUGGACUGGAAGUCUUUGACCACGCCCGCCUGCCUCCCCCUGACCACCGACUACUUCCCCGACCGCCAGACCCUGCAGAACGACUACACCGAGGGCUGCUACGACCUGCUGCCCCACACCGACCUCGACAGGCGUGAUGACGAGGCUCCUAUAAUGACGGCUCCUCGUGUGUUUGAGGAGUUUAUCUGUCAGAGACUGAUGCAGGGCUACCAGAUCAUCGUCCAGCCCAAUAGCAGAAAAGCCCCGCCCACUGUGGUCCCGCCCCUCAGCAGCAGCCCCCUCUACUCCAGAGGGCUGGUCUCUCGGAGGAAGGCGGAGGAGGAGGAGAGCCUGUUUUGGCUCAGUAUGGGCAGAACCUUCCAUAAAGUCUGCCUGAAAGACAAAAUCAUCACUGUCACCCGUUACCUUCCCAAGUAUCCGUACGAGUCUACACAGAUCCAGUACAGCUACAGUCUGUGUCCUCCUCAUGCUGAGGGUCAUUUUGUUCCCUGCUGGGUGGAGUUCGGUCACGAGCGGCUGGAGGAGUAUAAGUGGAACUAUCUAGAUCAGUACAUCUGCUCUGCUGGCUCUGAGGACUUCAGCCUCAUCGACUCUCUGAAGUUCUGGCGGACGCGCUUCCUCCUGCUGCCUGCGGGGGGAGCCAGGCGCGUGGCGGACGGCGAGGGACACUGGGACGUUUACGGGGACGGGCCGGGGGCUGGGCGGGACGGCUCCGGGGCCUCUGGGGACUGGGCUCUGUUGGACGGAUUUAUCCGCUUCCUGGAGGGACUGAACAGGAUCCGGCGCCGCCAUCGAUCCGACCGCAUCAUCCGGAAAGGUGCUGCUAUAAAGGGUCUUCAAGUGACCAGCCCUCUGUCUGCCUAUACUCCAGAGCCUAUAGCGCCCCCUCUGGGCAAGAAAGGAGCUUCAGCCCUCUCCACCCUUCUGGAGCUGGACCAGACACACAAAUCUCAGGAUGAGCAGAUUGUAUCUCAGCAUGCUGCUGCUGUGGGGAAAGUAACGGCGCCCUUCAGUGAGGCUGCCUCUGUUGUCAUGGCAACCACUUACGUAGACAGUCCCCGGAAGGACGCUGGCUUCAUGUUGGAUUUUAUUCGUAGCCCUCGCUCCUCCUAUCUCUCUCACUCUCAGAUUCCUGCUGAGCCUCCUGCAGCCGUCCCUGCAGACUCUGCAGUAUCAGAGCGAGGAGGAAGUCAGCUGAGUGAUCGGCCAGCGGGGGGCGCUACGGGCACAGGAGAGCCAGCCUCGGGCACUGCCUCUGACUCUGGGAGUCAGCAGGGCAGUCUGAGUCUGUCGUCCUCCUCCACACUGCUGGAGAUCCUGGAGGCUAUCAAACACCCGACUACUGGUGUGCAGCUGCUCCCGGAGCAGAAGGGCCUUCCUCCGAACUGCUUCAUCAGUGCUGAGGUGGUUCAUUGGCUGAUGAACACGGUGGAGAACGUGGCCACUCAGGGCAUCGCCGUAGAGAUCAUGCAGAAAAUGCUGGAUGAUGGUUUGGUAGCUCACGCAUCUGGAGAUGCAAUGCGCACCUUUAUCUAUGGCUUCUACUUCUACAAGAUCGUGGAUAAGGAGAGCGAUAAGGUACCCACCAAUCAGCUGCCUCCGGCUGGCGUGUGGUCGACAGCGGCGGUGGAGGACUUUGCGCUGUUUCAGAGGAAGUGGUUCGAGGUGGCGUUUGUGCUGGAGGAGAGGCGGCCGUGCGACCUGCCCGCGUUCCUGCUGCCCUGGCUGCCCAGCCGCCCGGCGUCGUACGCAAGUAGGCACAGCUCCUUCAGCCGCAGCUUCGGAGGACGCAGCCAGGCCGCCGCCCUGCUAGCUGCGACGGUGCCGGAGCAGAAGACGGUGACUCUGGAUGUGGAUGUGAAUAACCGCAGUGAUCGGGCUGAGUGGUGCAGUUGUUACUAUCAGGGAAACUUCUCUCUAAACUCCGCCUUCGAGAUCAAGCUGCACUGGAUGGCCGUCACUGCCGCCGUGCUGUUCGAGAUGGUGCAGGGCUGGCACAGGAAGGCGGCGUCGUGCGGGUUCCUGCUGGUUCCGGUUCUGGAGGUGCCGUUCGCUCUGCCGUCGUAUCUGUACGGAGAUCCUCUCAGAGCCCAGCUCUUCAUCCCCCUCAACAUCCAGAGCCUGCUGAGGGACUCCAGCGACAGCCUGUUCGACGGGUUUGAGCCGGAAACAUACUGGGACAGGAUGCAGCUCUUCCAGGAGGCCAUUCUCUACAGGUUCGGAUUUGUUCAGGAUAAAUUUUCUGCCUCAGCUUUCAACUUCCCUGCUGAAAACAAGCCCCAGUAUAUCCACGUCACAGGUACAGUGUUCAUGCAGCUGCCGUACUCUAAGAGGAAGUACUCAUGCGGUCAGCAGCGGCGGCGGCGUAACUCCGCCUCCUCGGCAAGUCAGAGUCUGUUCGGCUGCGAGGAGCGAGUCGGUUACAACUGGGCGUACAACACCAUGCUGACCAAAGCCUGGAGAACCGGCGUGCUGGGGGACGAGAAACUCGCCGACCGUCUCCUCCGAGACUUCACCGACUUCUGCUCCAACAAGGACAACCGGCUGGUGGCCUUCUGGGACAGCUGUGUGGACAAAAUGAACUCUAGCGCCCCCUGAGGGACAGAGAGACCGAGAGAAAGAGAGACUCUGACUGAGAACUGCUGCUGGGAAUAUAUGACCUGCGUCAAUUCCUGAUCUGUGCCUGACUAAUACCUAAUGUUCUGCCUGAACGCAGACAGGAAAUAAAUAAUAAAUCUGACUAAACCAA